ACACAAUAUGGCACUAUCCCUGUGCAGAACGCAAGUGUUUGGAGCGAGCAGCCGGUUCAACAGUAGAAUAUUUCAGUUUGAAAUCUCGAAGGUGCUGGCCUGCCGGUAUUCGACGGAGAAAAAGCGUUCGAAAAUUUAUACCAGCGCGGACGAAGCGAUUGCGGACAUUCCCGAUGGUGCGAAGCUACUCGUCGGUGGGUUCGGGCUGUGCGGCAUUCCGGAGAACCUGAUUGCGGCGCUGGUGAAACAACGCAAAAAAGAUCUCACAGUGGUGUCCAACAAUGCCGGUGUGGACAAUUUCGGCCUUGGACUUCUACUGAAGGAGAAGCUAAUCAAGCGCAUGAUCGCCUCGUACGUCGGUGAAAAUGCUGAAUUCGAGCGUCAGUAUCUGUCCGGCGAGCUGGAACUCGAACUCACACCCCAAGGCACGCUGGCCGAACGUAUCCGUGCCGGUGGUGCGGGUGUGCCAGCUUUCUUCACACCCACCGCCUACGGUACGCUCGUGCACGAAGGUGGUGCCCCGAUCAAGUACGGCCAGGGUGGUACGAUCGAAAUCGCAAGCGAACCGCGCCCGAUGCAAAUGUUCAACGGCAAACCGUACAUCAUGGAGGAAGCGAUCACCGGCGAUUUUGCGCUCGUGAAAGCACACGUCGCGGACGAGUCGGGUAAUUUGAUCUUUAACAAAUCGGCCCGCAACUUCAACCCACCGAUGUGCAAAGCGGCCAAGGUGACGAUCGUCGAGGUGGAAGAAAUCGUCCCGGUUGGUUCGCUCGAUCCGGACCAGGUCCAUAUGCCGAGCGUGUUUGUGCACCGGAUCAUCAAGGGCCCCUCGUUCGAGAAGCGCAUCGAGCGGUUGCGUGUGCGGGACACGAAAAAGGCUGGCUCGGUAGUGUCAUCAACGCCGGCCGCAAAGAUGCGCGAGCGGAUUGUGAAACGUGUUGCGCUGGAGUAUCGUGACGGUAUGCACAUCAAUCUCGGCAUCGGCAUACCGGUACUAUCGUCGAACUACAUUCCGGCCGGUAUGAAUGUGUUGCUACAAUCGGAAAAUGGCAUCCUGGGGUUGGGACCAUUCCCCGAGAAGGAUCAGAUCGAUCCGGAUCUUAUCAAUGCGGGCAAAGAAACGGUGACGGUGCUGCCCGGUGCGUCUUACUUCUCGUCCGACGAUAGCUUUGCGAUGAUACGCGGUGGACACAUCGACAUUACGGUGCUGGGAGCGAUGGAGGUGUCACAAUACGGUGAUCUUGCCAACUGGAUGAUUCCCGGCAAGCUGGUGAAGGGUAUGGGAGGCGCAAUGGAUCUCGUAGCAGCUCCCGGCACGAAGGUGGUCGUAACGAUGGAACACAACGCCAAGGAUGGUUCGCACAAAAUUCUCGCCAACUGCAAUCUGCCCGUUACCGGGCGAAACUGCGUCGACAUGAUCAUCACCGAGAAGGCCGUCUUCAACGUGGAUAAGGAGCGGGGCCUAACGCUGAUGGAGCUGGCCGAGGAUUGUACGGUGGAGGAAGUGAUCACCAGCACGGGUUGUGACUUUUCCGUUUCGCCUGAUCUGAAGAAAAUGGCUCAGGUCGAUGAUGCGUGA